GCAUGCGCACGACAAAAAAGGUGCCGGCAAUUGGUGUAGCAGCUGGAGAUGGUGCGGCCGGCAGGGCUCUGGCGCUUAUGUUGGCGACCUUGGGCGGCGAGGGUCUCAGCGGAGCACGCUGGCCGUAGGGAAGUCACCUCUGGUGUCUCUCCCCGCGGGAGCACCUCGCUCAGACCGCUAAAUAUCUUCGACCGGGAUUUGAAAAGGAAACAGAAGAACUGGGCGGCCCGGCAGCCGGAGCCUACGAAGUUUGACUACCUGAAGGAGGAGGUUGGAAGUCGGAUCGCAGACCGUGUAUAUGACAUACCCAGAGCUUUCCCCCUUGCUUUGGAUCUUGGUUGUGGAAGAGGUUACAUUGCACAAUAUUUGAAUAAGGAAACUAUUGGAAAGUUCUUCCAAGUCGACAUUGCAGAAAAUGCUUUGAAAAAUUCCUUAGAAACAGAAAUUCCUACUGUCAGUGUUUUAGCUGAUGAAGAAUUCCUUCCCUUCAGAGAAAAUACAUUUGACCUGGUGGUUAGCAGUUUAAGUUUGCACUGGGUGAAUGACCUUCCUAGAGCACUUGAGCAGAUUCAUUAUAUUUUAAAACCAGAUGGAGUAUUUAUCGGUGCAAUGUUUGGAGGUGACACACUCUAUGAACUUCGGUGUUCCUUACAGUUAGCGGAAACAGAAAGGGAAGGAGGAUUUUCUCCACACAUUUCUCCUUUCACUGCUGUCAAUGACCUGGGACAUCUGCUUGGGAGAGCUGGCUUUAAUACUCUGACUGUGAAAGCAAGGGGCAUGGACAAGCAGGUCCCCUGAUGUUGGAAAGGAGCCUCCAGGGACGGGAAGAAUUAACAGGCUGGAGGACUAGGCUGGGAACCGAAGAGAACCCUGAAGGCUUCACACCUGUGUCUAGGAUUGACCUUUUGUUAACUUUUAAGUGGCCUGAGUCCAUAGAAACUGCAUUCUGAGAGGUUGCGUGGCUAGAAAUCAGAAAACUGCUUCAUAUGAGUGCUCUACUUUGUAAUGAAAAUAAACACUGUUAAUACAGGCAAUUGUAUGUUGAAGGAUCAUUGUAUUUGUAUUUGUAAUUGUAUAAGUAACACAUAAAUAUAUUUUGGUUGUAACUAUUAAGCUAUACAGAUAAAGUGAAAGUCUGUCAUUCCCCCUUAAUCCUAAAAAUGCUCAGCUCUCUCUUGAGAGUAAGAGUUCUCAAAAUUUUGGUCUCAGGACCCCACUACACACUGAAAAAUUAUUAAGAAACUUAAAGGGCUUUUGUAUAGUGAGUUAACAUCUGUCAGUAUUAAAUAUAUUAGACAUUAAAA